CGCCAAUGGAAAGGUGAGGGAGGCGGGGUCAGUCGAGGGGUCAGGCUGAUAACCGAUCCGGUGACUGACAGAAGCAAGCAGCUAUGGCGGUGGUAACGGCGGCAGCAGCUGCGGGCUUACGAGCCCGGAUGCUUCGGGUUUCUUCCAAGAUAAAUCCUACCUGGUAUCCAGCUUCCCUUUUUUCCUCAUCUUCAGUGCCAACAGUCAAACUUUUCAUAGAUGGGAAAUUUGUUGAAUCUCAAAGUGACAAGUGGAUCGAUAUUCACAACCCAGCUACCAAUGAGGUGAUUGGCCGAGUUCCAAAAGCCACAGAGGCUGAAAUGAAUGCAGCUGUGGAGUCUUGCAAACGUGCUUUUCCCUCAUGGUCAGAGACGUCUGUAGUAAGUCGCCAACAGGUCCUGCUUCGAUAUCAGCAGCUUAUCAAGGAAAACUUGAAAGAAAUUGCUAAGGUGAUCACUUUGGAGCAAGGAAAGACCCUGGCUGAUGCUGAGGGAGAUGUGUUCCGAGGCCUUCAGGUAGUUGAACAUUCCUGUAGUAUAACAUCCCUCAUGCUGGGAGAGACCAUGCCUUCCAUUACCAAAGACAUGGACAUUUACUCCUACCGUCUACCAUUGGGCGUAUGUGCAGGCAUUGCUCCAUUCAAUUUUCCUGCCAUGAUUCCUCUCUGGAUGAUCCCCAUGGCUAUGGUGUGUGGAAACACAUACUUGUUGAAACCAUCUGAGCGAGUACCUGGAGCAACCAUGUUUCUCACCAAGUUGCUACAAGACUCUGGUGCACCAGAUGGGACAUUGAACAUCAUCCAUGGGCAGCAUGAAGCUGUGAAUUUCAUUUGUGAUCAUCCGGAUAUAAAGGCAAUCAGCUUUGUGGGCUCCAACCAAGCUGGAGAGUACGUCUAUGAAAGAGGGUCAAGAAAUGGCAAGAGAGUUCAAGCAAAUCUGGGAGCCAAGAACCAUGGGGUAGUUAUGCCAGAUGCCAAUAAGGAAAACACUCUGAACCAACUGGUAGGAGCAGCUUUUGGAGCUGCAGGGCAACGCUGUAUGGCCCUGUCUACGGCCAUCUUGGUGGGGGAAACAAAGAAUUGGCUGCCAGAACUUGUGGAACGUGCCAAAAAGCUUCGGGUUACUGCUGGAGACCAGCCUGGAGCUGAUUUGGGCCCUCUAAUCUCCCCACAAGCCAAAGAACGAGUUUGUCAUCUCAUUGAGAGUGGAACAAAGGAAGGAGCCUCACUUCUUCUAGAUGGAAGAAAAAUUAAAGUUAAAGGCUUUGAAAAUGGCAAUUUUGUCGGACCAACCAUCAUCUCAAAGGUCACGCCAAACAUGACCUGUUACAAAGAAGAGAUUUUUGGUCCAGUUCUAGUGGUUAUGGAGGCAGACACUUUGGAUGAAGCCAUCAAGAUGGUGAAUGACAAUCCAUAUGGAAAUGGAACUGCCAUCUUUACCACCAAUGGAGCCAUUGCUCGAAAAUAUUCUCACAUGGUGGAUGUGGGGCAGGUGGGUGUGAAUGUCCCUAUUCCAGUGCCUUUGCCAAUGUUCUCAUUUACGGGAUCUCGUUCUUCCUUCAGAGGAACCAGCAAUUUUUAUGGCAAACAGGGCAUCCAAUUUUACACUCAGCUAAAGACCAUUACUUCUCAGUGGAAAGAAGAAGACUCCAUGCUAAGUGCACCUGCUGUAGUUAUGCCAACUAUGGGCCAUUAAAAAGAACUUUUAGAAGAUUUUUCCUAUCCUGAGUAGCUACUUAACCCAUAAAUCUUGCCAACUGUGCUUAAGAUUAUUCACACACAGUGCACUGGGAAUGGAGUAUUCUAGCCAGAUCCUCCUUGGCACCUCCUUUUCCGAUAUAGUGCUUUUGUUACUACACAAAGACUAGUGUAUUUUACCUUGUGGUCAAAUUUUCAAUCUAGUACUUCCAUUUGUGAAGUAACUAUUUUAACUGUGAAAUUCUUAUAUAAAGGGAGAACCCUGGGGAGAAGCAGGGUGUAGGGGAAACGGGAUCAGGAGUGACAUUAAUGUCUCCAAAGAAGACUUUCCAUUAAUUGAUGGAAGAAGUCUUAAAAAACAAAAAAGGACUGGAUGUCGUCUACUUUUUGAUCUCCAAAAUAUAACCCUCCAUAAUAUUAUUAGUGAUUCACUGACUACAUUUUAUUUUGAUGGUUCUGUCAGUCUUCCUUCUACUUCAAGAGUUUUAUCAGUGUUAGGAAUAAAGAGAUCCUCCUACUUUGAGAUGGUGAAGGAAUCUUUCAGGAAACAAGUUUUGCCAUCAUAUUUCUUCUAGGGAAAAACUCUGUCAUGCAUAUGCUCUUAGGUCCUUUCUGCAUUUUUCAGUUAUAUCAUUUGAUUAGAGGGAAAUUCCUUUAUAGAAAUCUGUUGGCAUGAGAGAAAUUCCAAUUCAUUUCAUGACACAAAGACACUAUAAAGCUUGGGCUGUGUUGUCAUGACAGCAAUAUGACCAGUAUGCUUUGUUUCAAGUGACCUUAUGUCUAGCUUUGUUUCCUUGAUUUUAGUGUUAACUAAGCUAUAUUGGUCAGAAUGGAACUAAAAGAUAAAGAUGUUGACUUUGAGUAUUUAAUCUCUUUUUUGCUGAUUCCAAAUAUCUUCUAUAUACUUUUUUUUUUUUUUAAUUUUUAGUGAGGCAAUUGGGGUUAAGUGACUUGCCCAGGGUCAUACAGCUAGUAAGUGUUAAGUGUCUGAGGCCAGAUUUGAACUCAGGUUCACCUGACUCCAGGGCCAGUGCUUUAUCCACUGCGCCACCCAGCCACCCCACUUCUAUAUACUUUUAAUGUGGUAUAAUCAUCAAUUAGUGAACAAGUUUCUGGUCCCAAAAGAGCUAGCUCUAAUAUUCAUCUCAUAGGAAUCUUUGACUUUCUGUUAGGGGCUGAAUCACUUAUUGGAUAACCAGAUUUAAAGCAAUCAUGGAACCUUAAAGAUGAUCUAGUCUAAGCCUCUCAUUUUAAAGAUAAGAAACUUGUCUGUUUUUCCAGUUAAAUUGUCUUGACCAAACUCAUUGGGGUACUUAAUAAAAAUUAAAGAUUGUGAGAUAUUUUAAAACGCCAAGUAUCAUGUAUAUAAUAGGCUUAUUGCUGACCUUACCAAAUGGAAUGUUAGACUAAAUUAGAUCUUUAAAUCAUCUAGAGCCUUAAUGUCAAAAAACACAUAUGGCACAAUAGGAAAAUCUCUUCUGAAGUGCUAUCUUUUAAUUAGGAUAAUGAAGAUCUCUAUUUGGAAAGGUAGACUACCCCUUGUUUUAUCCUCUUAUAAAAUUGUGUGGUUUGGCUGGCAAUAUAUAUAAAUCUAGGUGUGUAUGUGAGAACCCAUAAUGUAUGAAAAUGUACAUCCAUGCAUAUAUGUGCUCAUGUGUUUCAUUCCAACAACUCGUAAGCUAGAUAAUAAUAGGUCAUAUUGUAUAGGUUUCAUGUGGAAUUAAGUAGUCACAGAGGCUCUCGAUAUUGCACUAACUGAACCAAUUGUAGUUUAUAUUUACUUGCAUAUGAGGAUGUAUGCCUUUGUGUCUUUUAAAAUAAACAGCCAAACCAAAAUUAUAUGUCAUAUUAAGGGAGGCAUAAAUGAUCUUAUGUUAAAUACAGUGUUCCUUUUUUUAGUGUGGCCAUACUUUAAAAAAAAAUUUCCCUGCUCCCGUAAUUGUGCUAUUAUUAUUUCUCAGCACAGAUUAAUAAGAGCUCCCUCUCCAGAAAAAGGAGAAAUGUAUGUUAGUGAGUGCCUCUACUGGGAAAGGUUAAAAGGAUAUGAAAUUGAUCAGAUUACAGACACCUUAUUAUGAUACACUAUGAUCUGGUCCUUUUUGAAUAUUAGGAAGGACAAGGCCACUAGAUUCUGUGAGCGGAACUUGCUGGGUGAUGAAGGUCUGAUCCUGGACAUUACAAUCAUCCCUGAAAUAAAGUUAAACUCAAGUCAGCAAACACAAUGGAAUUUAGUUCAGAUAGGAACACAGCUUAAACAAACAAUUUGCUAACUGGCAUGGAAGAUCUUACCCCAAAGUGUCUUUGUUUCCAGUGGUAAGAGUAACAUAGUUUGGAACUGGAGGAAUAGACGACUUGUUGUGUUUCCUACAAGGGGAAAAAAAAGAUGGCAUUUAUUGUCUUUUUCCAUUUGCUGUAUUUCAGCUACAUUCUCAAUUACUACAUGAAGCACAAGCCUCAGACAGCUAGACUACUUGGUUACACUCAGAGUUGUGAAUCACAGGUGGCCAGGUUUACUUUAUUUAUUUUUACCAGACCUGCCUAUGAUUUCACUGGAGCCGGUAGUGAGAGAUGUAAUGCAUUCCAAACAUGGGGGCACAGCCUAGGCAAAGGUGUAGAGAUUAGAGUUGGAAUGUUACAUGUGAGGAGCAACAAGAAGCCUAUUUUGGCUAGAAUGUAGAGCUCAUGAAGGGAAGUAAAGUAUAAAUAAACCUGGUCAGCCAGACGGCAGCCAGGUUAUGAAGAACUUUAAAUGCCAAACAGAGGAGUUUCUAUUUGAUUUUUAGAAGUAUCAGGGAGCCACUGAAGCUUAUUGUGCAAAGAAAUGACAUGGUUCAACUUGUGCUUUAGUAAUAUCACUUCAGCAGCUAUUUGGAGGAUGAAGUGAAAGACUGAAGGCAGGAAGACCAAUAAAUAAAUAAAGGAGACUAUUGUAAAAGCCCAGGUGAGAGGUGAGCUAGGACAAGACUUCUUAAACUUUUUCCACUCACGACCCCCUUUCACAUGACCCUUGGUAUAUAGGUAUAUAAAACAAGUAUACAUAACCUUUUACUGUUGCCAAAUUUUUCACGACCCUCACAUUCAGUUAUUCGAACCCACAUGGGGUUCAUGACCUACAGCUUAAGUAGCUUUAAACUAGGAUAAUGGCCAUAUGAGAGUGAAGAGAAGGGGUCAGAUGUAAGAAAUUGUAGAAUAAGACUCAGCAAGAUGUGGCAAAUUAAUUGGAUACACGAGGCAAGAAAAGAUAGAGUCAAGGAAGACUGAGGUUCCAAAUCUCAGUGGGUUGGGGAAAAGAUGUUGAGUUCUCUUUUGGAUAGGCUGAGUUUGAGAUUCCCAGGUCAUCUAUGUUAUUGCAAAAUAAUUAAACCCAGGAGAGUUGAGGUCCCCAAGAGAAUUUAGAGAGAGAUAAGAAUCCAAGACCGCCUUUAGGGUACACCCAUUGUUAGGGAGUAGGAUAUGGAAGGUGAUUAAGCAAGGGAGUCAGAUAAAUGAGAACAAAGGGAAAGCUGUCACACACACAAAAAAAAGAUGAAACAAUAUCAGGAAGAGAGGAUGUUCAAGUGUCAAAUGCAACACAGAGUAUUAAGACUGGGGAAAAUACAACUGGAUUUGGUGAGCAGAUAAUUUGAAAUUAAGGGAAGUGCCCAUCAGUUGGGAAAUGGCUUGAACAAAAAUAGUGAACAUAAAUGGGAUGGAAUACUAUUGUACUGCAAGAAAUUAUUAAAAGGAUGUUUUCAGAGAAAUCUGGGAAGAUUUGGUUGAUGUCAAAUGGAGUAGAACCACGAGAACAAUUUAUACAAUACAUCAACACUAAAAAUGAACAAUUUUGAAAGGCUCAAGAACUUUGGUCAACCCAACAUACAAUCAUAAUUCCAAGGGACUGAAGACAAAGGAUGCUGCCCAUCUCCUGACAAAGAAAGAGGUCCUGGACAGGAUGAGACACGUUUUCUGACAUGGGCAAUGUGGAAAUUUAUUUUGCUUGACUAAGCAUAUAUGUUUCAACGUUUUUGUUUUCUAUUGUUGUUCAUGGCAGGGAUAUGUGGGGGAGAAAAUAAAUUCUUGUUAAUUGAAAAAUAA